AUGGAGAAAUCACCAGCAAAAGGUUCUGAUCUCAAAACCCUUGCAAUUUUUCCGGCCAAUGAGGUUUUCUACAACAAAAUUCUCUCAAGAAACUCAUCUGUGGGCAGCAGCUCUUCACGUUCUUAUUUCGGUCGUGUGACUGGUUCUGUUCCUUUUCAAUGGGAAGCAAAGCCUGGCAAGCCCAAGUUGGAGGCACAUGAUGAGGAACAACAACAACAUCAAAAUUUUGAUUUUGUGCAAAACCCUCCAUUGAUUAUUGGUCCUCCACCAGCUACACAAAGCCUGAACAUGAACAGUUUGCCCUACUCCUCAGGCCCAUUCAGCAAUUCUAGGGUUUGGUUGUGGAAGAAGUUGAAGAAGACUCACAAGUUGAAGAGGAAGUUGAAGAAGAUCAACAAGAAUAAUGUUGAGGGAAACUUUGAUGUUGCUGGGUUGGAUCAACUUUAUCAUCAGGCUGACUUGUGCAAAUCUGAUGAGGAGAUUAUGAAAUUUGGUUCAUAUGGGUCAUCAACAAGUUCUUGUAAUUCUUCAUCAUUAUCAUCAACGGCUUCAGCUUCAGGUUCUUCAUCAUCUAGUUCUACAUCUGAUCAGAAUUUUCGACCCUCGAAGAUACAAAGGCUGGCUAGGGGUUUCAUCAGAUGGGCCUUUUAG